AUGAGCUUCUUGUACCUCUUGGGGUUUUUCCUGGCUGUCCUUCCAAGCCUUCAUGCUGACUCCUCCCUGCGUUUCAUUGCUGUGGGAGAUUGGGGCGGAGUCCCCAAUGCACCUUUCUACACUGCUCGUGAAGUAGCUGUGGCCAAAGAGAUGGGGAGAACAGUUGCUUCACUGGGAGCUGAUUUCAUCUUAUCCCUUGGAGACAACUUCUAUUACAAUGGGGUGAGCGAUGUGUAUGACAAGCGUUUUCAGGAAACCUUUGAAUCAGUUUUCCAAGCACCCUCACUGCGUAAAUUGCCUUGGUACGUUGUGGCUGGAAACCAUGAUCAUUCUGGGAAUGUCUCUGCCCAGAUUGCCUACAGCAAAAUCUCCAAGCGUUGGCAUUUCCCUAAGUAUUACUACAAGCUGAGGUUCAAGGUGCCUGGCAGCAACACUACUGUUGCCAUCCUCAUGAUAGACACAGUGACCAUCUGCGGAAAUUCGGAUGACUUCCAAAACGAGCAGCCCUUGCGUCCUCAGAAUGCAGGCAUGGCCCGUAGCCAGUUGUCUUGGCUCCGCAAACAGAUGGCCAGUUCCCAGGAUGACUACUUGCUGGUGGCUGGACACUACCCAGUAUGGUCUGUGGGAAAGCAUGGCCCCACUGAAUGCUUGGUGAAGCAGCUUCAGCCACUGCUGCUGAAAUACAAGGCCACUGCCUACCUGUGUGGCCAUGAUCACAACCUGCAGUACCUACAGGACAAAAGUGGCAUAGGCCAUGUGCUAAGUGGAGCAGGAAACUUCAUGGAUGACUCCAAGCAACACCUCCACAAAGUCCCAACUGGUUACCUACGGUUCUUCUAUGGCCAGAACGCUUCCCAAGGAGGCUUUGCCUACUUUGAGGUUGAUGGCAAAGAAAUGAGAAUCAUCUACAUUGAGGCCAGAGGCAAGUCACUCUACAAGACUUCACUGCCCAGGCGGAGGCGUUUCUAGAAGUCAGACAGCAGUUUUGCUAACUUCUGUAUUAGCUGCUGUGACUCAGAGAGAGAGGCACUGGUGGCCUCUCUGGCUCACAUACACCCUCGCUUCUUUCUCUUAGGUUGAGAACUGGCAAGUGUAAGAAGGUAACUACUCAGAGAAUGUGCUACUCUUUCUCAUAUUUUGAGGGUCACCCCUGUUGGAACCCUGUAACCUUUCUCUACUCAGCAAUCCAAACAUUCCCAGUGAAUGUAACCUCUGAAGCCCUGUGGGUAUGCCUGUGGCUCCUCCCAUCCCUUGACGACGGCAGGGCAAGAGUUGUCAGUGGUCCAGCUCGCUUGCUGUAUGGAUGGUGAUUCCUAUUUGUUUCUGAAUGGUAGUACAGUUUAGAUUUUCAGUGCUUUAAGAUAGGCCCACUAUAGGAACUGAAAACUUAGCAGUAUCAGCCAGUGGCAUGACCCCUACCUAGCUUAAUCCCACUCUUAUUCCUGGCCUUUGCUGGGUAAUGUUACAAUCCUGCUAUGCAAGGAUAAAGUAUGGAGGGCAGUUUCUGUUGGCAGGGCUUUUAGCAUCUACCUGUCAUGCACACACAAGUAAAGGUGCCAAUCACUGAGGAGUAGGCAGCACUGAGUAAGCAUUUCUCCAAUCUUUCUCCAACACUGUGAGGACAGUUCCUUGAUUUGGUUAUGUAGUCUGUCCUGGCAGCAUGGUAAAAACUUGAUCUUGUCAUGAGCACUGUAGAAGCAAUAAUCAGACCUAAUAAUGCCACUAACUGUAAGGAUCACAUUAAAGGGAGAUGAACUUUCAUUUAAGAAAGAUGAAUAUGCUGUCAGUUUCAGGUGAAGAUAAUGGGACUCAACAAGCUGAGGAUUGGGGCAGAGAUUAACUUUGCAUAACACCUACUGCAGUUUGAAGUUUUUGAGAAAAGAUAAAAUUGGGUCCAAGAAUAACAAAGGCUUUGUUGGCAUUUUCCCCCACUGCCACCUUACAUCCAUCUUUUUACAUCCAUCUUUUUCUUCCUACCAUUGUAGGUUCACAAUCUUGCACUCUGUAGUAUGAGUUGAAACAGUGCAGCAAGGGGUUUCCUCUUCUCUGCAUGCAAAGAGGUCUGUAGAGCAGGGGUAGUAAUGGUUGGGGAAGAACAGCAUAGAGAACAUCCCUCUCUUUGCAACAGGGUAAGGUCCCAGAAUUUAUGCUUUGACCAUGUUAGUAAUUAUACUGUUUAGCCACUUGUUCUGCAAGGCAUUGGACUGAAUGAUUCCUUCACUUAUCCACCCAAGGUGUUGAUGCCCCAAUGCUGCAAACUUAGAGAAUGCCAUGAUAUAUGUGCCAAAGGGCCACGAGACUUUCCUGUAUUCUAAACAGAUUAUCUGACUAAUGAUGAUUUGGCAUGGCAAAUACAGUGACUGAAUGAACAUCUGAUAAUAGAUCACUUUCUUUCUUAUGACUUACCUGCUUGGUGUUUGAUUUUGCUUGCAAUGUUAGCUGCUGUUAUGUAUUUGAAGUCAUAUAUUUGCCAAAUAUUUGGGAAAAGUCUAUCUCCUGUGAGAUCUAUCAUUAUGUACUGCCAGAAUUCAAUUUUAUUCUGUAUGUGGCAUUCUUAAUUUGCUUUACAAGAGAAUACAGUCUUCUCAUUUUUUUCUUGCAAAUGACUGUUCAAUAAAUCUCUUAAGG